AUAAUCUUAUUGGUCAACGUGACAUUUGUUUUUGACAGCUGAUUUGCCGUAUUGCUAACAGCAACAAGUUUUUAUCUCUUUUAAACGGGUUUCAUUUCAAAAAUACUUUCCGUGUCGGCUUAAAACUCAUUAUAAUUUUAUUUUUGGUUUAAUUUAGAAAGUGAAAUUUUGCCAAAAUGUUUCGAAGGCUAUUUUUAAACAUUUGGAGAUUCAAUAAUCAACACAGGGCAAUAACUUGCUCUGUUGUUCAAGGUUACAAGCAAGCAGGAGGUACGAAGUCUUCAAAUUUUUACAAAUUUGGUCCCUUCUAUGCUUUAAGUUUAUGGGGAACUAAACAAGCAGAAGGAAGUGAACCUUCGAUGACAACUAAGGAACUUUUAAUAGCAAAAGCAGAUGCACUUAAUGAUCAAGGAGACUACAAGCAAAUCUACAGCUUGCUUAGCGGUUUCAAAGAUAAAGGAGACGUUGAAAUUUUGUGGCGAUUGAGUCGAGCUCUUUACAAAAUGUCGCAAAAUGCAAGUGACGUCGAGGCUAAAAAAAUGGUUUUUGAAGCCUUCGACAUAAUUUCGACAGCUCUUAGGCUGCAGGAGAAUCAUUGGGCUGUUCAUAAAUGGAUGGCUAUCAUUUUAGACGCAAAAAGCAGCUGCGAGGGAUUGCAAUCCAGAUUGAAUCAAUUAUACAAUGUUAAGAAACACAUGAUGAGAGCGAUCGAGUUGAAUCCAAGUGAUGCGACAACCUUCUACUUGUUAGGAAACUGGUGUUUCCAAAUUUCUGAGCUGACCUGGUACCAGCGAAAAAUAGCAAGUGCAAUUUUUGGAAAGCCACCCACGUCCAGUUACGAGGAAGCCCUUUCCUUCUUUGAUAAAGCGGAGACUGUAGAUCCCAAUUUUUACAGCCAAAACCUCCUGAUGCUCGCAAAAACGUACUUGAAGCUACAAAAAAAAGAAGAGGCUCUGAAAUAUUUGAAAAAGACUUCAGAAUUUCCAGCCAAAACCGACGAGGACCAGCAGGCUAAGCAGGAAGCUUUAAAGUUAUUGAAUAGCAUGUGAUCUCGAAAAUUUAAAUCUUGAAUAAUCGAUGAUCAAAGCUUUAUAAUUAUAAUCCUUGAUCGAACUCUUCAGUAUUUGAUAAUUUUAUAUUUCAAUCAGCUUCGAUUAAUUCUUCGUGUGGUGUCUUAAAAACGAGUAAAAUUGUUAUAUUUCUCGUUUCUUUUUAUGCAUUUUUCACUAUUCUCAGUCUAUUAAUGAACCAGGAAAUGAUCGGCAAUAAACUGGACAAUGAAAGUGAAUUUAUUUUUUGAUUGGGAAUUUAUUUUUUAUUUUUUAGCGGAUAAAACGAUCCAAUCACUUCCUUUUUUAAGUUGAGGUCUCGGAAUCACCACACGAUUGACAUUAUUUUGAACUUUUUUGGAUGAUGACACUAUUUUUCUACUGUUUUGAAAAAUAUUACACUAAUUACACUCUUUCUUCAUAAUUCUCAGCCAAUUCCAUUUUUUUAAAAGAUGUAAAACCACGUAACCUAUCUGAAUUGAACCAAAAAGGACGAAUUUCUAAUAAAAUAGUUGAAUCUUCAAUCAAAA